AUGGCAGGCGCCAAACCAGAAAAACCUCCCUUGGACAUCGUACACCAAGACGCAAUUCUGGCCGAAACUAUCCGGAAAGAGCAGAGAAGGCAGAAACUCUACACCGAGUUCAGCAUUAAUCCGUACAAGAAACUGCCAGUCAUUGCAGACAAGCCCAUGACCAGAAACACACAAGAGAUAGUCAAAGAAGACUCUGCCUUCAUUAAAUCUAUACAUAUGGCUCACCUGGAACCCACCAAGAAAUACAACCAUCCACAGACCGAGAGUCAGGAGAUCGGCUGGAUAUCCACACCACUGAUUAUAUCAGAUCGCAGUGACAGAAGACUCAACUUCUCCAGACGGAGCUCAGACAUCACCAAAUAGAUGGAUGCAGCUUGGCUCCUCAAAGAACAAACUCAGAAUCUCAGUUAAAAC